CCUCAUCAGACUGCGCUUCUGUCUCACUCGCUCCAAGCGCCAGUCUUCCCUCUCUUUCCCCCUCACUCUCUCUUUGACAGACGCGCCUGUGGCAGCGAGCGAGCGUGACACUCACUUUCACCCCUCCCACACUCUUUCCAUCGGCGGCACUGGACAUACUUCAGCGAAGCUUGCCGCCAACCCACUCCCUUGCGAAACUCGCUCCACCACCACCACCACCACCACCACCGCGCAUACUGCGUCUCGUCGCCCUCUACAUUCCUUCAUCUGCUCGUGCCCCAGUCGGCCAACAGAUCGAUUACUGUCCGUGACAGUCGCACCGUUGAUCGAAACGCGCCUGCUAUUCGCGAUUCAUCUUCGACGAGAGAGCUAUUUCUGGUUCUCUGUUAAGGUCGAGGAUCCCACGAUUCAGCUUGCUCAAAGCCAAUCUGCAGCAAACUCUCAAAGCCUGACGACCCUCAUUCGAGUGACGUGCCGGGCACUUCUUCACAACACACGUGAAUUUGAUCGAUAUCGCGAGCCCGGAGGACCUUCUGCGUUCUGAACGUUGCAACGCACACCAACGGCAACCACGAUCCGAGUACCAAACGAUCCACCAUGUCGCUCGCACGCGCUUUCACCACGAAGCGCGAGAACAACUCGACGCCCAACUUCAAUCUCGGACGCGCAGCCACGCAACGAAACGCCAAACCGAUCAAGCGAUCUCAGAUCUCGUCGCCCGUUGCUCUCAUAUCCACGACCAAUCCGUUGUCAUAUGAUGCACCCAACAUUGCUGGCACAACACCCAUCCGCGUGCGCAACAUCACACCGGCGUCGGCCACGAGUAGCACUGGUGAAGACAGCGAUGCUCCAUCCUUGAGCUUCGAUGGCACCGACACGUCGUCGAUCGACGAAACGCCCAUGACCCCCGAGCCAGAGCCCAACCACCUCAGCUGCUACUUCAAGCCUGGUGUCGACCCCAAGACCGUGCACCGGUCUCGAAGCGGAACGACAUCAACACCGACCGACGCUCCUGUGAUCCCACAGCGAGUCCCUUCGCACUCCAAAAAGGCCCAUGAGAACGUCCACCGUAAGCGAUCCGUGCAGCGCCUUAUGUCACCACCAGCAAGUCUGGUGCGACGCAAUUCGACUGAAUUUUUCGGGAUGGCGAGCCAAGGCACUGACGUAUCUCGGGACGACAAUCCAUUUGGCAAUGAGCUGGCACAGCUGGACGCUGUUGCAGAGGAAAUGAGCCAUGCGGUGCGAGACGCCGAGGCCGAGGAGGACAAAAUUUUCAUGAAGGCUCACGGACUGGCCUGCUUUGGUAUUGACGACUACAUGUUGGAGAUCAAAGGUCUGGUCUACGAUUACCUGGUUGAGGAGCCGGUCGAGCCAGUCUGGAUCUAGAUGAUCAAUGCGACGGAUCAUGCGGUCCCACGCAAUCGAACGCGUCGAAUCUUGAAAUCGACGAGUUGCAGAUGCGGUGCUUCCGACUUCGCCCACCUGAAAGCGGAUUGGCAGCAUCCACUUGCAUGGCCACCAGCAUGCACAUGUCACCGACGCGAAAGGAAAGACAUUACUUCUUGCUCAUACUUCUUGGCUGUCACCCGACAACAUGCUCCAGCUUUCCGACCACAGUCUCUCGUUAUUUCUUUACAUUUACCAUGAGCAACCACUUUACCCUGGCGGGACCUCUCUUUGACGAAUCUGACGACGAUCACAUGGGGAUUGCAGUCCUUGCCGUCCACUCUUUUGACGAAUUUUCUUGAUGAUGACAAUGUUUAUUGGGAAUAGAUGAAGGGCGUUGCUGUCAGAUGUUCUUCACAUGGCGCGAAUACCUGCGGAAGGGCAAAUGGGACUCUGCUUCGACAGCGCUCUGGCGAGUCUUGAGAUAGGCUUCAUCUCUGGCUUAGCCAGGGCAGCUUACUUGUACAUGAACAUUGAUAUGAAAAGUUGCAUACACUACCA